UUUUCUGGAGUUGAAAAUAAUUUUCAAAUCAAAAUAAAAUAGAUCAGGUCUAGAUCAUAGCUCAGAAGACUUAAAUGUAUAUUAUGAGUCUACUUAUUGUAAUAUUUUCUUGUGGUUAGUUGGAGUAAAGUGACUGUUUCAAGUUUCAUGGGAUAUUUUGUGAUUCUGGAGUACAAGAAGUUGAGCUGAGGAAUUUAUUUCCGGACACCUCGGAAAUAUUGUUCCGUUCGUCAGCACCAAUUCGUGGAUUAAUUUCAACAAGGGGCUAAUUUUUUUUCAAAGAAGGAUUGAAAUGAUUGAGUUUUCAAUCAUAGUAUCUGUUUUCGACCUUCACCCUCAGACAUGACCCUCGGGGGCAGGGUCAGACCACCCGCUUCCGGUUUGUGAAAAAUAUGGUGUGCCUUGGUGCUGUGUUGAGCCUUUUGUUUAUGGCCGUGAUCGACAUGGGAAUCUCCACCAACAACAUACUUCGUCUUAACAUACGCAAAGAGCCUGUCCUCGACCCCAACACCGUGUGCAAAACCUACCCGGAACUGACGUCACAGCAGUACAACCUGUGCCGGAAGUUUCCUGACGUCACGGCGUCCGCCAUCCAGGGCGUGCAGAUUGCCGUCCACGAGUGCCAGUACCAGCUGCGGACACACCGCUGGAAUUGUUCCAGUCUAGAGAAGAAGAACAAGAACCCCCACGCCAGUCCCAUUUUGUCGAAAGGCUACAGGGAGACAGCCUUCGCCUACGCCAUCUCUGCGGCAGGUGUGACACACCAGGUGUCUCAGGCCUGUAGCAUGGGCAAGUUGAAGUCUUGUGGCUGUGAUAUGAGUGUACAUGGGCGGAAAGGUGAGUACGCCUUCAAAGACACGGACCGCAAGUUUGAGUGGGGAGGGUGCAGCCAUAACAUAGAGUUCGGUGCCAAAUACGCCAUGAAGUUCAUGGACUACAAGGAAGACGCCAGAGAUAUUCACUCACAGAUCAAUAUACAUAACAACAGGGCCGGUCGAUUGGCCGUCAUCAAAAACGUCCGCCAACAAUGCAAGUGCCACGGAAUGUCAGGAUCCUGCGAGAUUGAGACUUGCUGGAAGUCCGCGCCCGAUUUCAGGAAAGUUGGAGAAGUCUUGAAGAGAAAAUAUGAGGUGGCCUCUAAGGUACAGAUUGACCUGACGAAUGCCGCCGACGCCAGACUCUUCAAGCGCAACGGUCAAAAGCCCCAGAAGAUGGACCUGCUGUUCUACGAGAAAUCCCCCAACUACUGUGACCAAAACCCGACCGUCGACUCCCCCGGCACCAUGGGCAGGUACUGCAACAAAAGUUCCGACGGUAUCGAUAACUGCGACACCCUGUGUUGUGGGCGUGGCUACAACACGCUCCGGGUCAAGAGGUCGGAGCGGUGCAACUGUAAAUUCUACUGGUGCUGUUACGUGGAGUGCGAGGUGUGCACGGUGACUGAGUGGGUUACGGUGUGUAAAUAAGUGACUCCGGGAGUUGGAGAGUUCGUUUUUUUGGUUGUUUUUUUUUUUUAACUGCGGAAGUUGAACUAAAAAUAGAAAUCGGAGUUUCACGGAUUUUAUUUUAAACUUCUGAAGGUGAAUUAAAAAUAGGAAUCGGAAUUUCACGAAUUCUUGUAUCACUGACGGCUCUAUGGUCUACCAAGUUCGAUAAUAAUUCUUGGAUUUUAACUUGCUGGAAUUGAACAAAAACAGAAAUCGGUCUGUAAAAUAAAGACAUGGUCUUGGAAGAACUUUAAAUCUUGGAUUUUAACUGCUGAAGUUGAACUAAAAACUGAAAUAGGAAAUUCAUGCAUUGUGGUCUAAUUAGCAGAUCGCUGCUCAAUAAAGACAUGGUCUAUGAAGUA